AUGGCUUCUCUGGACUUUGAUCAGAAGUUCCUCGGUCGGAUAGCCAAACAGACAGAAGAGACAAAUCCCUUUUUGUCCAGCGCGCUCUAUCAGAUCUUGGGCCUGUCGGUUCUGCUGGCCCGGAGACUCAUUCGCGCCAGAAAGCUUCGCAAGCUAGACACGAGUCGAGACACGCCAUCACUUGCAGCCUACCAGCACAUACUCUGGAUGUCCCGUGAGGGCUUGUCUAUACUGGAGCUAUACAUACUUCCGUAUGCUCAAGACAAUCAGCAUGGACCCGAGUGUAGAGUGUUGAGUGUCAAGUUGCGCGCAAGCUUCUACCACAUCUUCUGUCUCUUCCACAACCAGCCGCCAGUAACGACAACAAACAUGACGAGUACUGAUCCCCGGCAUCUUGGUGCACCCCCUUUGCCGUUGUCCCCACGAAACGGCAAUGGGUACAGCCGCAAGACAGAUCCUUCGAGACUGUCACCCCCAUCGAAGCGUGCAGGCAAACAGCCUACCCUUCGUGAACCCGUCGACUCUAUUGUGUCCGAGACAUCCUUUGUCACAAACCCCUAUCCAUCAGGUGGACCAGUAGGAACCCCAUCGCCUGGGCCAACGAUCAACGCGCCACCGGGCCUCAACCCUAUCCCUAUUCCACAACCUUCAUCUUUCAUACUACCACCUCUGAACUUUAUACCAUUAGCUAGUGGCUACUUUACCACAGCCACGCAAUACGCCACCUCAUAUCUACCCGGAUCACAUCCACUGAGACUAUCUGUUGCGCUCGAACACAGCGCGUUCCUAUGGGACUGUCUUCACGAUCACGACGGAUCACGACGCAUUGCUCGGCGUGCCAUCAAGGACGUAUACCGCGCGCAAGAAGCUAUGGACGAUACAGAAUUUGAAGAUGCCGCAGAACUUGUGGGCAUUCUCGGUCGAAUGAUGAAGCGGAAGAGUUGGGAAGGUACGCCACGUGUUGGUGGCAUGGCCAGCCCGGAGCCAGUCACACAGGACUCUCCACAAGCAAGUAGUGGCACUCCCACUCAAUCAGGUCGACCUACUACUUCUGCUGGUCCACGACCCCAGAAAAACAGCCGGAGAGCAGCAGAGGGUCCCCCAAUAUCGGACAUCACUAUACAAAUACAACCACCACCCAGUGCAACGCGCAGUCGAGCAAAUACAGCAAGCAAAUCGUCGCCUCGGCAAAAAGAAAGCAAAAGCCAUGCGAACAGUCCGAGAUCAGCAACACAGCGGCAUGUCGAAGCUGGCAGUCCACACACCACACCGCGCACUAGGCGUACCAGCCACGAAAGUGGCUCCAGCACAACGCCUCGAGCACCACCGCAAGGACAUGGUCCCCGCUCACCCACCACACCAUCCACGGUCCGUACCGCCCACCAAACAUCGGGAAGCGGAGGGUCAUCAAAAGGAACUCCCGUCGCCGGCACUUCCACUCCCCUUACGCAAAGUGCGGCCGCAACCCUCAUUUCUGACAACAUGCGCAACUCGCCCACGCUGCGUCGCACACCCCCCACCCACUUUUCCUCGCCCGAGCACCAUGGUUCGCCCUUCUCGCCGUCGCAGGAAAGCUCUUUUGCGCGCCAGAAGAGGUGA